AGCUCACAGAUAUCCCAAAUCCUGUUUGGAUGUAGUUAGUUAGUAUGUCGCUGCUUAUUCCGACGCUGGCCCCGUCAUUGGCUGAUUCAGCUGUGCCUGCGUCUGCACGACAGCCUCCCCGCAGAGUUGUCUCAGAAACUGGCCGGGAGCAUGCAAUGCCCUGGCAGAGUUCCCGGAGGAGACCAUUGGUGAGCCAGACUUGGUUGGUACUGCCUGUGGCCUGCAGCUUUGCAGGACGGGCAGGACAGAGGCGAGUGGCGAGAUGCCGAAGGCACAACGUUGCUCUCCGAGCUGCAACUGCUGAGUCAAUGGCAUCAGUCCUGUCUCAGGGGUGCCCUCUCAUUGCAAAGGUUGCUGAGGUGCGAGCGAGCCGAGCGGGCGAUGGACUUGGGCUCUUUGCGAAGGAGUCGUUUGAAGAAGGAGAUGAGAUUUGCGAACUCACCUUUGACAACACCACCAUCAUGAAACCAAACCCAGACGUGUCCAGCAAGCUGGAGUCCGGAGACAUUGGAGCCCUUGCGUUUCAGGUUCUGAAAGCCAGCCGUUCGCCGCAGCCAGGCCCAUGGAAAGACUGGUUUGAGACAGGGGUCAGCCCUCCAGAUGCACACCCGCUGAAAUUGCUCCUCAACGACCCGCAGCUGGCAAAGUAUAUCUGGAGCUCCACUACCUGUGGCGGACAGAUGUCUGGCCUAGCUCUGCAGGCCAGAGAUGACCUGGAGCAGCUUCAAGGAAGCGCUUCCUUUGAGGAUUGGACAGAUACGUUGGCCCUGGUGAUGUCUAGAUCUGUCAUUGAAGACAGGGAGGAGAGGCCAUUGCUGGUCAUGGGGUUGGAUCUACUGCAGGCUGCAGAAGAUCCGGUCUUGAAGUUAGAGCUGAACUAUGGGAAGGAGGGUGCCGUGCUCGGCCUGGGUGGCCGGGGCCCGGAGAAGCUGUUGGGCAUCAAAGUCAUAGCCCUCGAAACCAUUGAGGUAGGAACUGAGUUGACUAUCAGCUACUUGCCUCAACCUCAUGCAGGUGGUUACUUGGAACGGUAUGGGUUCGUGCCCACUUGGCUUCAAGGCACACUUGCUGAGUCUGCAAUGCAGCUUUCUAUUGCUCCAGUGGACGAUGAGGACGAUUUUGCGGGCAUCAAGGAAAGUUGCCUGGAGGACCUGGGCUUGAGUGAUGCACCCUUGAGCUUUACUUUCAGCCUUUCAGACGGAAUCUUGGCGCCCAGGGAGAUUGAUGAAUGGGAGAAGAAAUCUGAGCUUGAAAAGAUGACCCAUGUGUUGCGCUUCCAAACUUGUGGUGGGACCGAUUCUUUCCUUCUGGAUGCGGUCUAUGUCGAGCGUUUCUGGUACAACUGCAACUUUCGCAUUUCCCGAAACAACGAGAUCUUGGUGUGCCAAGCUGCCAUGGCUGAGUGUGACAGAUGGCUGGAGCGCUUUGAUGCCAUAGAGGCUGCUGGAUCUCGACCUGAUUGCGAUCUAGCCAAGGCAGCAGAUGAUGUUCGCCGUGCAGAGAGGGAACUCCUGGUUUCUGUCAAAUUGGUCUUUGAACAGGAGUUGGACUUGAUUCAGAUUGAUGACACGAUACGAUACUGGGCAGACAGAGCGAUGGACGAGGCCUUCCCAGACAGGAUCUCGAAGAAUGUUCAAGGGUACUAGUGCUGCUUUGCCUGCAUGUUGUUGUGCAUUUUUUGAAAAUGGCUUAGGUUGAAGCAAGUGGGCACUUGUUUGGAGAUGAGUCGAGGUUCUCAACAUUCUUGUGGUGGAGACUAAGGGCUGUCCCCUAUUAGCAGAACUCUUGCGACGCUCAUCAAGUGGAAGCUUGUCUUGUUGCUAGGCCAUUUCAAUGCAUUUUUGGCCUUGUAGAUAGCUAGGCUUCCUGCUAUACUUUCAGUGCCUCCACUUUUUGUGUGGCCGAA